ACGUUACAGUGAUUUACCAAAAUGGGCUACCAGUGAUAUCCUUGAGUCUUCCGUCUCGGCGUGAACGCUGCCAGUUUACACUUAAACCUCUCUCGGACUCUGUUGGAGUAUUCUUACAACAACUCCAGGCAGAAGACCGGGGAAUCGACCGAGUUGCAAUUUAUUCACCAGAUGGGACACGAGUCGCAGCUUCCACAAGCAUAGAUCUCCUACUUCUUGACGAGUUCAAACUAGUAAUUAAUGACUUGAGUUACCACGUCUGUCCACCAAAGAGAGAUCUCUUAAGCCACGAAGAUGCCACCACGUUGAAUGAUGUGAAGACUCUGGUUCAGCAGCUCUAUACCACACUGUGUAUUGAAGAACACCAACUGAACAAGGAGAAGGAAUUGAUUGGGAGGAUAGAAGACCUCAAGCAGCAAUUGGCACCCAUGGAAAAAGUCAGGAUGGAAAUUUGCAGAAAAGCAGAGAAGAGGACAACCUGGCUAUUGUGGGGUGGGCUGGCUUACAUGGCAACCCAGUUUGGAAUCUUGGCUCGGCUCACCUGGUGGGAAUAUUCUUGGGACAUUAUGGAGCCAGUCACCUACUUCAUCACAUAUGGCAGCGCCAUGGCAAUGUAUGCAUACUUCGUAGUAACGCGUCAGGAAUAUGUAUAUCCAGAUGCUAGAGACAGGCAGUACUUACUAUUCUUCCAUAAAGGAGCCAGAAAGACUCGUUUUGAUCUAGAAAAAUACAAUCAACUCAAGGAUGCUAUUGCUCAGGCAGAAUUGGACCUUAAGAGACUUCGGGAUCCCUUGCAGGUACAUCUACCUGUCCAACAAAUCAGUGAUAAAGAUUGAUCGUCAGCGGAACGUCUGCACCUUGACAGAAGUGGCAGAUCUUUUCAAGCUCUUGCCUCUUUCAUUCGAAAGCAUUUCAGGUGGAAGCUGGAAAGGUCUUCUUGGGGUGGAGGGUUUUUAAAUCAUGAAAACAGAGACCUUGACUGGGGAGGGAAUAAUGUGUUCAUUCAAAUAAUAAUAAUAAUAAUAAUCAGGCACUGUGGAAUGCUAAGUCUUUUCGAAGGGCUUGACGACUGUCGCAUUCAAAUGUUUUUUUCUUUUGGAUGAAAAUAUAUAGAUUAUAAAGGUGGGCAUUUCAUGAAGAAAUUGUAUUGGGGGACAUAUUUUUCCAGCUUUGCCUCUUGAAGAAGCACUAGCAGCCUGCUCAGCAUUUUUUUUAAAAAUCUCUUUCAAACUAUUUGCACAAUAAUCGUGCGCUAAACAAAAGAAGGAAACAAUCAAGCCAUUUUAAGACACCGUGAUUGGUGAUCCAGAUUGAAGUAGCGUCUCCAUAAACAUGCAACAUGAGAUUGGUCCCUAGUCUUUUUGUUGUUGUUGUCAUUUGUUGUUCUCUUUUUUUUUGUUAGAG